GGAAAAAGUCUUUUUCCUAAUUUUCUAAAUGAUGAAGAAAGCUUCGAGUUUAUAUGAAGCACUGAAUGGGGUGUUCUCUGUAUACAAGCCCGCUGGAAAGUCGUUGUUUCAAGUCAUCCAAUCACUGAAACUCAAUUUAGCCAAAGAAUUGAACAAAUUGCCAUGUCGACCUAUGAGGCAGAGAUUGGUGAUAGAUGAUGGCAACCUCCCCAUGAUCACAACAGUCCCUGAUUUGUCAGACCAUGUACUAGUUGUUGGGAAGAGGUUUAUAGAAGAUGACAUCGAACUAAGCUGUGUUGAUGCAAUGAAUAAAGCUUCAUCUGGUGUCACAAUUUUUGGCAUUGGAAGAGGAGUUAGCCUCAUCAGACCAAUAUGCAAGGCUAAAUAUAUGAAGGUGUACCACGUGACUGGGGAGUUAGGGCUUGCCACUUCGAGUUGCUGGGUGGAUGGCAGGGUUAUUGAGAGGUCUACAUUUCAUCACCUGACUGCAGCACGCAUGGACAGGGUUGUGGCCGGCAUACAAUCUGGGCACCAGAAGCACAUGUUCAAAGCAUCAGGGGUAGACUUGCAGUCAGAGGAAGCCUACCAAUUAGCAUGCAGGGGUCUGCUGAGGCCCAUCCAUCAUUUGAUGGGCCCUGUCAUAUACGGCAUGAGGUGCAUCCAUUUCGAACCACCUCUGUUCACAUUAGAAAUCCACUCGAUAAACGAGACAUGCGACUACCUGAGCGACCUCGUCCACAACAUCGGCAUCGAACUUCGAACGAACGCCGCCUGUAGCAAGUUGAGACGCAUCCGACACGGACGAUUCCACCUACGGAACACCCUUCUUCUGAAGCACGCGUGCGAUCCGGAACACCUCGCCAAUCAAAUUUCAGCCUUCAGGAAUCUCUUAUCGCGCGAUAAAGUCACAUUCAGACCGAAUAUUAAUUAUUUGAAGGAUGAUCGCGACGGAGAUGUGCGUUUGUUGGAUGGUGGUUGUGAGAAUGAUGCUUUCAUAAGUGAUGAUGUAUGUCGAACUGACGAUGCCAAACUAAUUGCUAGCAGUUAAUUCAGUUGAUUCUUGAUUAUUUUUAUUUAUUUUGUCUUGCAUACAUUUGCGUUUUGUAUUUUUUAAUAAAUUAUCAAUGUAGAAGAGGUUUUUUUUAAUAAACUCAAGUCGCAUAAUGCAA